CUUGAACUCUAUAUCUGUUCUGAAUCUGAAUUCUGUGUUCUAGUAAGAAAAUAUUAAAUAUCCUGUCGGCUGUCACUAAUUUCAAGUAAUUGUAUCUUUUAUGAAUGUAUUGUUAUUCUCGACAGUUAAAUACAAGCCUUUCUUAUAGUUUUCAAACCGUUUGCAAACAUUUAAUGAAACUGGUUUUGUAAUUGGUAAGAGCGCAAUAUCUUUGAUCGACAAUGUCGGCUUCAGCAAUUUAUAUAUUGGACGUUAAGGGUAAAGUGUUAAUAUCCCGAAAUUAUCGAGGUGACAUUGCACCUAAUGUCAUUGAAAAAUUCAUGCCACUGUUGAUGGAGAAAGAAGAGGAAGGCUCACUGACGCCCUUGCUGCAGACCGAAGAAUGUACAUUUACUUAUAUCAAAUGCAACAACUUGUAUGUCGUGUCGACUACAAAAAAAAAUGCGAACAUCAUGUUGGUUUUCGUGUUCUUACACAAAAUCGUACGAGUCAUGAAUGAAUAUUUUAAGGAGAUAGAAGAGGAAAGUAUACGCGAUAAUUUUGUUGUAAUUUAUGAAUUAUUGGACGAGGUACUCGACUUUGGGUAUCCACAAACAACAGAUAGUAAAAUUCUACAAGAAUAUAUCACACAAGAUGGUCACAAAUUAGAAAUUCAAGUAAGAAUUCCCCCGGCAGUGACUAAUGCCGUAUCUUGGCGUUCUGAAGGGCUCAAGUAUAGGAAAAAUGAAGUGUUCCUAGAUGUUAUAGAAUCAGUAAAUUUAUUAGCCAGUGCCAAUGGAAAUGUUCUUAGGAGUGAAAUAGUAGGUUCAAUUAAAAUGAGAGUUUACUUGUCUGGAAUGCCAGAACUGCGAUUAGGUCUUAAUGACAAAGUGUUGUUUGAAAGCACUGGGCGAGGCAAAUCCAAAUCCGUAGAACUUGAAGAUGUCAAAUUUCAUCAAUGUGUACGUCUGUCAAGAUUUGAAAAUGAUAGAACUAUAUCAUUUAUUCCACCAGAUGGAGAAUUUGAUUUGAUGACUUACAGGUAAUUUUCAUCUUUAAAUUUAUUUGUAACAUUUAGAUACCUAAUUAAUAUUAAUGUUGUUAUUACAGAUUAAGUACACACAUUAAACCUUUGAUUUGGAUUGAAAGUGUCAUUGAAAGACAUGCGCACAGUCGUGUUGAAUACAUAGUUAAAGCAAAGUCACAGUUUAAGCGUAGGUCUACCGCCAACAAUGUAGAAGUAGUCAUCCAAGUUCCAAUGGAUGCUGAUUCUCCCAAAUUCAAAACUACUGUUGGUUCAGUUAAGUACAUGCCAGAGCAAAAUGCCUUGAUAUGGUCAAUCAAAUCAUUCCCAGGUGGCAAGGAAUAUUUGAUGAGAGCACAUUUUGGUCUACCAAGUGUAGAAAACGAAGAAACAGAAGGCAGGCCUCCUAUCCAGGUAAGAUUUGAAAUACCAUAUUUCACGACAUCAGGCAUUCAGGUCCGGUACUUGAAAAUUAUUGAAAAGAGUGGUUAUCAAGCGUUACCUUGGGUGCGAUAUAUCACUCAAAAUGGAGAUUACCAGUUAAGAACCAAUUAAAAUCUUUUAACUUAAAUAUAAUAUUAUAUUGUAUUAUGAUUUUUUUUUUCAAUCCUAAAAAAAUAAGAUUAUCGUUAACUAUCAGAUUACAAAAAAAUUGUAUUUUGGAUUUUUAUAAUUUGCUUAAAUAAGGUUAUGCAUGGUCUGCCUUGUGUAUUAUCUAUAUUUUAUCCCAAUAUUUUCCUAAAAAAAAAAAUUUACUUUAUAUAAAAUUACUGGUGUUUGUACAUUGUAAAAAAACAAUAUCUUACAUCUACCUACUCUAAAUUCUAAUAAUAUUUUGUAGAUGUAUUUUAUCAAAUAGAUCAUAUUAUUAUUAUAACAUUAUCAGUUAUUACUAGGUUUCAUUGUUAAAGUUAUUAUAAGUACCAGUAUUAUAUAAAAUCAUUAAUUUUACAAAAAAUUUGCAUUUUUUUUUAUAAUUUGCUUAAGUAAGCUAUCCACGUGGCUUUGCAAAUACCCUUGUGUGGGAACAUAGUACCUACUACUAAUAGUCAAACCAUUUUUUUGUCUGUUGCAAAAGAUAUCAUUCACAGGCCAUUACUAUUUCUGUGACUAUGUACUUUCCUUACUUAUGCAAGGAAAGUACUGUGGUUCCUGUCCACAUUUUGUAUUGAACUCUUCUAAUACAAUUUUUAUUACGUUCCCAGAGAUACCAUUGUAUGCUUUGAUGAGUCUUUCGUAGAAAACAUCUUUCAAAUUGUCAUCCUUUUCUUCUGUUGGUGCAUAUACAUUUGUCAUACAAAUAUUAAUUAGUCUUGUGUUGAUAGUUAAUAUUGAUUUCCGUUCAGAUAUCAGAUUAAAUAAAAUAAAAUCUUUAAUGCACAGUAUUAAUAUUUUAUGAACUACAAAACCACUAUCAAAAUAAUGUGUAUUCUCCAUUCCAGAGAAAUAUAUUGUGUACUCUCUAAUCAUUAGUUGACAUACUCCCAAUCAUCGUAUUUCUUGGAUAGCCGCUGUAUUGAUAUUGUGGAUGUUCAGAGUAUCAGCUAAAUUUUGGCUUGUCCAUACUUGUUACAUUCCAUGUCGUGAUCUUAAAAUUAGCAUUCAGUUUUCAAAAACUAGUCUUAAAUCCAUGUAUUCUUGUACGAGGCUUAGGUGUAGUUGGUUUUAUAACAGAAUUAUUUUACUGCGCAAAAUUGUUAGCCUUGCAUUAAAACCUCCAACCUGGAGGACCAGAUCAUCCUCAACCAGUUGGGACCAAGGGAUGGCUUUUGCAGCACCCAGUGAAGGACACUGGGCAAUAUAGGUACUACUCUCCCUACGUCAUAUCCUUUUUUUCUCGCCUUUUUUUUUUUAGCUUUUAUAGACCAUUCCUAAAUGGCCCUGGCCUUCGUUGCUUCUAUAUUUUACGCUAUCUAUCCUUAUUUUCACUCGGUUCUUGCUCUAUUUCUUGUGCAAGGUUGAAAGCAGAAUCAUAUUAUGAAAUAUUUGUAUAAAUAUAAUGUAUGAAAUAAAAUGUAUGGAUUGAUAUAAUAUUAUCUUGAAAAAUAUAAAAUUUGAAUGUGUAAAACUAUAAUAUGAGAAAUGUUUUUUAAUUUGCUAUUAUUUUGUAUGUGAAUUAUUGUGUUUUUUUGUUUGAAAUAUAUUCAGUAUAAUAUUAUAUAAGUGUUAUCUUUUUCUUUUCUUUUAUAAAUACUUUUUAAAAUGGUGAAUGUUAUUAUUAAUUUUGUAAGGAAAUAAAACUAUAAUAUUUGUUUAUCCUUUAAUUAUCCGUGUAAAAUCUAAAAAAUUACAUGAUACAUUACAUAGGUAUAUAUGUAAAAUUUCUGAUGUUUAACCUGUAUAAUAUUUUUACUUGUAUGCCAGACAGUUUAAUACAAUAAUAAAAUGUUAAAAUGUUGAGAUUUGUUUAAACAUGAUUGUAAGGAGAACUUUAGUUUUAAAUAAAAAUUACAAAAUUCUAUGACCAUGUUUUUUAUAAUAAUAUAAAUCCUUAUAUCACUUACAACAUGGAAUCUUUAGUUAAAUACUCAAAUCCUACUAUAGCAGUGUAGUAGACAUAUUUAUGGGUAGAUGUACAUGGACUGAAGUUACCGCAGACUAUUAUUAAAUUGGAAAACCG